CCUCCAUAUCCAUCCUUUCACAUCAUUACCACAGGAUGGAGGAUAACCCUGUCAUUUCCGGCGGCGCUGCCGAUGACUCUCUCGCAGGCACCACCGGCCAAGAUGCCCCUGGUGAUGUGAUCAAUGCUUCCGGAACUGAUAACCCGUUAGAUGCCCCCGCCUCCCCCAAGCCGCAGAAUGCCGAUGGCGAACUUGAAGACGAGGAGAUGGGCGGCACCGAGACCGAGCCGAAGAAAGAGAACGAUGGCAGCGACGAGCUCGCUGACCCUGCCGCUCAGUCGGGCGCAGAGGGUCCGACCGAUGAGCAGCCCGCGCAGGGCAAAACGUCGGUUGAGAACUCCGCGCGUUCACAACUCGUUUCGCAGACACACGCCAUCAUCCUCCCCAGCUAUUCCACAUGGUUCGACAUGCACACGAUUCAUCCGAUCGAGAAGAAGGCGCUUGCGGAGUUCUUCAACGGUAGAAACCGAAGCAAGACGCCCGCCGUCUACAAGGACUACCGUGAUUUCAUGAUCAACACCUACCGACUGAACCCCAUCGAGUAUCUCACAGUCACCGCGUGUCGCCGCAAUCUUGCGGGAGACGUAUGUGCGAUCAUGCGUCUUCACUCGUUCCUUGAGCAGUGGGGCCUGAUCAACUACCAAGUGGACCCCCAAACCCGGCCGUCGAAUAUCGGACCUCCAUUCACUGGCCAUUUCCGUGUCGUUGCUGACACACCCCGAGGCCUUCAGCCGUUCCAGCCCGGUCCGAACCACUUCGUUAAGCCUGGAAAGCCUCUGUCCGCCACCGACCGUGCCGCAUCGGCUACCCCCGCACCCAAGGCCGAUCUGAACCUGGAGAUCCGGCGCAACGUCUACGAUGAUAAGGGCAAGGAGAUCACUCCUGCCGCCGAGGAUCAGGAGAAGCAAACAAACGGAGAGGGCUCUGGUGCCAACGGAACGGCGGCGGAUUCGAAGGCGAUUGAAUCCGCGGCCAAGGACCCUCGGAAGAAGUUCUACUGCUUCUCUUGCAGCAUCAACUGCACACGCCUCCGAUUCCACUACGCCAAGUCGACACCGGCUACCAAUACGGCCACGUCGGAUUCGAAGUACGACCUGUGCCCCAACUGCUUCUUACAGGGCCGGAUGCCCAACACCCACAGUGCCUCGGAUUUCGUCAAACUCGAAGACAACGGGUACUCUGUUGUUCCCGACAAGGACGCACCCUGGUCCGAUGCGGAACUUGUGCUCCUUCUUGAGGGACUGGAGAACUUCGACGACAACUGGGAGCAGAUUGCCGGCCAUGUCGGUACCCGGACGCGGGAAGAGUGUGUGAUGAAGUUCUUGCAACUGGAAAUCGAAGACAAGUACAUCGAUGACGUACCGGAGGUGCGGGCAGGAUCCGGACGAGAGCCCAUCAGCCAGGCCGAAAACCCCGUCCUGUCGGUAGUUGCCUUCCUGGCCCAGAUGGCCGAACCCGCCGUGGCGGCUGCCGCGGCCGGCCGCUCCGUCGAAGAAAUCCGCAAGGAGCUCCGGAAGCAGCUCGAGAAGGGCUCCGGAGAUGACAAGAGCCAAGACAAGGGCAAGGAGAAAGAGGGUACCGCCGGUGUGAAGACCGAGGACUCUAUGGAUGUGGGAGAGGACGCGCCUGCAGAGAUGGUGGAGUCCACCACCUCCGAAGGCCAGUCCAAGUCCUCGUUGCCUACCGUCGCUCUCGCCGCCUCGGCUGCCCGUGCCGGUGCUCUUGCCUCGCACGAAGAGCGCGAGAUGACGCGCUUGGUCUCUGCCGCCGUCAACGUCACCCUGCAGAAAUUCGAAGUUAAGCUGCAACAAUUCAACGAGAUGGAGGAGAUCAUCGAAGCCGAGCGCCGCGAGCUUGAAUUGGCUCGCCAGCAGCUCUUCCUGGACCGCAUGGCCUUCAAGAAGAGAGUCAAGGAAGUCCAAGAUACCCUGCAGGCCGUCACUCUGAAGGGACCCGGCGAGGAGGCCAACCACAUGAUUGCCGACGCCGCCACGAUGGGCAUUGGCAGCCGGUUCAACUUCCAGCCUGGCACUGGUGAAGCCCGAGCCAAUGCUCAGCCCCUAAGUGCCGAGACUGGCGCCGACUACAAGACGCUGGACCUGUAAUGCCGCAAGCAAAAACAAAGAAUGAAAUGAAAUGUUUUUAAUGGACGUGCGUUCAACUCAAACCAUCCCACCAGAUGGAAACCGAAAAUGCCAAAAAAAAAGACAUAAUCAGUACAUCUGUUUCUCUUUUCAUUCUCUUUCUGCUAUGAUCUGGCUGGAAAUCUUUUUCUUUCUAUCUUUUCUUAAGUUGAUUUCAUUAUAAUAUCCCAUGUAUUGUACAAUACCUUAUCCUUGGGUAUCUACUAUUCUAUCGCAUCAGGAUGGCUGGGCAGUUUGAGAAAUGGGAUGCGUUUGAUUGGGGAAAGGCCGUUUGGGUGAUGGACGGACGGACGGUCGCCAUGGGGUUUGGGUUUUGUGGUUAUCUCUUUUCUCUUUCUUCUUUCUAUUACUAUGUUUCUUGUCGUCUGGGCUGCUAGGAAAAGGCGCUCGUCUCGGAGUUUAGAGUCUGUUCGCGAUCAAUUUAUUCAGUUAUUUAAA